AUGUCGACCACGCUGCGCUCGUUUGCUGCGCUCGGCGUCACGCUCACGGCCACGGGCCUUCUCUACGCGCAGCUCACCGUCAAGUCAGCGUCCUCCCAGUUUCAGCCGACGCCGACGCUCGCGCCUUACAAGGCUGCGCAUGUGGACGUGUUGACGGCGCGAAUGGACGCACCGGUCGACUUGGCCAAGUUUGCGAGCUGCUUCUUCCGGUCGCCCGUGUUUCAGGCCGAGCGGGUGGUGCUGCGCCUCCUCGGCUACGGCGCGACGACCGACGAUGCGAUUGCGAAUCUCGCGUUUGAGCCCAACGACGCCGUUGUCGUCUUCCGCGUCGUCGAACGCACGCCGGACGAGGUCGUUCUCGCGUGGGCGCUCUCGGACGACACGCGCGGCCACUCGUGGCUGCACGUGGCCGACGACGGCCGCUCGGUCGAGUACGCGACGACGUUCGCACCGACCCGCGCCAUGCACUAUGCGCUCGUGCCCUUCCACCUUGUGUACGCUCGCAUCGUGCUGGCUGCCGCGCGCUACCAGUACAACAAGGAGACCGUGCCCAUUUACGAACCCUAGUCUCUUGACCCACCACGUACUACUUUUAUCUAACAAUGC